AUUUACAUCCGGGCUUCUGGUGCCUGAACCCGCUCCAUGUAAAUUGAUCCUAUUAUUUUCCCAUAGAAAAUGUUGACCCGAAACCUCCAUUUUGGAACGAACGUAGUAAACUGUGCCGAGACUGCCAAUGCUAGGAUUACUAUCGCAUCGAUUUCCAGUCAGAUAUUCUGUGAGAUUGUCACGAAAGCACCCUAGAUGGAAAGUACUUCCAUUAUAACACAAGUAAACCGGGAUGAGGAACAAAUAAAUAACUUUCCUACAUCAGAAUCAGGGCCAAGCUCAUCAAAGAAGCCAAGAAGUAGAAGUCUACUCAAUACCUUCCUGUGCUGUUUUGGUUCAGGGAGACAUGGCACGCAUCAAAGCGUACCACAGACGUCAGAUCAAACCGAUCAAAGGUCGCUCGACCGCUCAGUUCCUGUUAACGACCCUAGCACGCAACCAAAUAAAUUUCUACUCCCCCAGGUGAGGCAGCAGGAUGCACAUAAAUGUUGUAUAGUCAUCGAUUUAGACGAGACAUUAGUACAUAGUUCAUUUAAGCCCAUUUCAAAUGCAGAUUUUGUUGUUCCUGUAGAAAUUGACGGCACAGUUCAUGAGGUAUAUGUAUUAAAAAGGCCGCACGUGGACGAGUUUCUGCAGAGAGUGGGGCAGCUUUAUGAAUGUGUGUUAUUUACAGCUAGUCUUGCAAAGUAUGCAGAUCCAGUUGCUGACCUUUUAGACAAAUGGGGUGUGUUCAGGUGUCGGCUGUUCCGGGAAUCAUGUGUGUUUCACAGAGGAAAUUAUAUUAAGGAUCUUAGUCGACUGGGUCGUAAACUGGAACGUAUUGUAAUUGUGGACAAUUCACCCGCUUCAUAUAUCUUCCACCAAGAUAAUGCAAUCCCUGUGAGUUCAUGGUUUGAUGACAUGUCGGACACAGAGCUCCUUGAUGUCCUUCCACUCCUGGAGCGCAUUUCACAAGAGGAAGAUGUCUACAAAAUACUCAAGAAGGAGAACCACAAUCACAUAAAGCGCUAGAAGAGACAGCUUGGCUUCUGCGCCCUGUAUGGAACCUCCGCCCAAAUCGACUAGUUCCUCAAAAAAAAAAAUUGCAAAGAUCAAUAUUGACUGGACAUGCUGAUCCUGCGGGUUGAAAUACCGUAUUACCAAACUGCCAAAAUGUAGCUGUAUCAUCGUCCUUGGAGAUCAGUGUUCUUUUGUGAUUUUUGUUGUACAUCCAUCUGCGUUUGCUGCUGCUGGAUGAUGUCAUCCCAAGGGUUGGUCGAUAGCUCCAGCAUCUUGGUGAUACUGCCAAUGCGUGUAGUAAUCCUCCAGUCCUGCACCCCAUCCUCUUCCAGAUUCACCCAAUGAAGCUGUCACCAAGCAUUCUUAGUAUGCAUUUAAUGUGUCUCUUAGGUGCAAGUCCUGCGUGCUGUAGUGUUAAAGGAAAACACAGAGCAAGAAAAUUCAUGAUAACCCUGUACAGGAAGUUGGGUCUGUGAUAACUGUUCAGUGAAGGAAAUGUUGAUAUGAUACCAGUACAGCUAUAACAAGGUCAGUCCAGGCAUUCAGGUCAAGAUCGGCCCUUGUGCUGUAAACUGCCAAAUCUCUGAAGGCCAGAGCGUAUCCCCUACAAUGUUGAGAGUAAGAGAGAGAGGGGGGGGGGGGGGGGCAGGACUUAUCAUUUUAAGUUGUUAAUAUCCACAUUGACUUAGCUAAGGCAAAUGUAUUUCAUCUUUGACAAUGGUGUGUGUGUGAGAGAGAAAGAAAAAGAGAAAACAGAAAUUUGGAGGUCUUUUAGGCUGUUGAUAUCCACACUGAUUUAAUGAGAAGCCAGCAUGUAUCACCUAUGAUGAGAAGAAAAAAAAAGAGAUGGGCAAAGCAAAAAGAAUGUUGUCUGUUAAGCUGGUAAUGUUCACUCUAAUUUUUCCAUCACAGCACUUGCAUUUAUUUUGUAAAUGGAGAAUAAAGAAUAAGGGCUUACCUAGAGCUUUCAUUGUCCUAAUCAUUGUACAGCAAAUCUUGUCUUAUAGUUAGGUAUGGAGAGAAUCAAUCACUGUUCUAUUUUGCUAUAUCUCUUUUUAUAUACUUUAGAGUUCCUCACUCCAGAGCACGCACUAUGACCCAAAUCCAUAAAGGUGGAUUUGAAACCACAGUUUUUGUAGAUUUUACAUGUAAAUUGGAGGGGAAAAUGUGCCCAAUGAGGAAUGUGUGCUUGUGCCACCUGGUUCUAAAUUCACUCUUGUUUCUGUGGUUUCAUUCCACAGUUUUAUAUAGUUUGAAUUGGUGAAUUAAGAACUUUAAAACUGGGGGACUAUGUAUCCCAAACUCAUGGCAACUUAUUGUGCACUUUGACAAAGAUCAUGCAUUCAUUAUUGUAAUAUCUCACUAAGUGCUGUAAAUUGUUUGAGGCAUGAAAUCUCCAUGAACUAUGACUUAAAGCAAUGGUUUUAAAAUCACCUAUGUGAUUUUGGGCUUCUGAGAAAUCAAAGACAAGAGUAUAGCAAUAUGAGAUGUGAUAAUUGAAUUCUGGACAUUUUUUUAAAAAACCUUUUAGAUGACCAGCUAUCUAAAAACUUUUUUUUCUUUUUAAAUAUUCACUGCCAAUGUUUUUUAUUAUUUCUUUUUUUAUCUAAAAGUUUAAUUGUCUUUUUAUAAAAAGAAAUAUUUUAAGUUUUUGACAUUGAUAUAAAACUUUCAAAAGGUGUCAGUGAUCAUGUAGAAGGGUAUUACAAGCUAUGGCCUUCAUGAACUUUGAAACUUACUAGGUAAUAACAAAUGCACAAUGUAAACAAAGUUCACUAUCAGCCAGUCAAAUAAUUUAAGUAGCCUAAGACUUAUUGCAAAUCUGUUAUUAUAACAGGUUUUAUGAAAUGGCCUGAGGUGUAUCCAAGGCUAGAUUACUCUAUUGAUUCAAAUAGACCCCCUCAUUCAAGAAUCGAUGGGAAGUUUAUGCAAAUCAAAAUCAGAUAAUAUGAUUAUGGUCAUGUGUAGAAUUAUGUUAUUCUCUUCAACCUUCAAAUAUGAUAAUUCUUUGAAUAUUUUGACACAGAAAAGUGGGUGUUCUCCUGUUGGCUCUCUACCCUCUAUGUAUAGCUCAGAAUGAAACACAACAUCGGUCAUCACAUACUAUUGCCCUAUUAUGCAAAAUAUUGUGACAUCAGUUGUCAUUUUAUACUUAUAUAAAUUUGAUUUUCAAGACAGCGGUAGAUAUAUGAAGAUGCUUUCCUAAGGGGAUUUAAAAGUGUAUACGCCACUAUUCAACCAUCGCAGUGUGAUGUCCUUUUUUUUUUUUACUUGGGCCAUCAGGUCAUUAUAGAAUGUACUUAAUAUACUUUUUGUGAUAAUUAUUGUAGGUAGAUAUCAUCCUCAAACCUGUGCUGUGAUGGUAUUAAAUUAAUAAUUGCUAAUAUUGACUUUAAAGGGAAGUCCACUCUGAAGUCACUUUCAUGUAGUUUAAAAAAAAGCAAACAGACAAAUGAAAGAAACGUAUUUAUGAAGGUCUGGCAAAUAACCAAUUAAAGAACAACAGAUUUAUGAUUUUUUUUUUCCAUUGUUGUGAAGUUGCAUGUGAGGGGCUACUCUAUAUGUCAUGUGAUAUGAAUUGAAUUGAAUUCCAUAAAUUGCCAUUUUAUCAGAAAAUUUAAAAUUAUGUUACCUGUGUACUCAUUACAUGAUUAGAAACAUCGCAUCAUGCUGUACAUCUUUCUACCAAAUAUUUUCAGUCAUUUUGAACCCUGUAUAGAAAUGGUAUUUUAUGGAACGUAUAUUACACAACACAUUGGGAGCUGCUAAAAUAUGAUGUCACAAAAUUUAAAUUGAAAAAAAAUUCACAACUCUGUUUUCUGCAUUUUUGCAAGCCUUCAUCAGUCAGUUUCUCUCAUUUUAUCCUUUUAUUCAUAAGCUACUUCACUUCAGGAUGGUUUUCUCUUUCAGGCUUUCCUGUUCGAGCAGCAGCGCAAUGGCAGAAUAUCUUUAACAAAGUCCAAUAUGUGAUCAAGAAACUUUUGAGGGGCUUUUUGUAUAUAAAUAUUGUAUCUGUAAUUACAACAUGAAGAAAAAUCAUUGUAUGUUUAUCUCAUGAAAAUUAAUUAGCGCAUGUUCUGGAUUGCAUGUCAAGGAUUUGUAACAAAAUUAAAAGAAAAAAUAUUAAAAAUGAAUGACUGCGGUUACAAAAUGAGGGAAUGAAAAGAGGAUAUGUUGGAGAGUAUCUUUAAAGAUCCAUUGUAUUUGUAUUUUUAUCUCUCUUUAUUUUUACUUUAUUUACUUCAUAUAUGAUGAUGUAGGAUAUAUAUAUAAUAGUUCUUGUAUAUUUAUUUUUUCCAGAGAAACGUGAGGUGUAGAACCUUUGCAAGUCAUAAGCCAUUGGAAACUAUCCUCAAGUAGUUUGAAUUGGCUACAAAGUUAGUCUCUUGUAGUAGCAUAGGUUUGAUUUUCUUUCAAAACAUGGUUAAGAUGUGCUUAAGGUUCAGUUUUCUCAAUUGUGCAAUUAAACUAUUAAAGAUAUGGGGAAGCAUGGAAACAAACCACAGAAGAACUUUUUCAAUUGAAUGAAGGUGACCAAAAAUAUACGAUGAAAAGGUUCUACAACAUUAUGCUUGACCAGGUCAAAGAAUUUUUUAAAGAAGUAAUUUGUUCAUUUUAAACACAUUUCUUUUCACCAGUUUGCUAUUUUUUUAUCAUAAGCUAGGGGUCAUUUUAUUACAAGGAAGAUUUAUUCUUGGGAUCAUAUAUGCACAUUUCCACAAUGGAAGAUUUUUUCAAUGCAAUAUAAGUAGUAAAAUGGUAAUACAUACAUUUUAUCAAACAGAAAAGUAGCAGAACAAGGAGAAAAGAGUUUAAAUGUCAUUGGAAUGAACCUCAUUAUGUGUAUGGCAGACUGUCAUUGAGAUCUAGUCAAAGAAAAACUUUUUUUGUGUGUAAAUUACAGAAGUUUUUAAAAGUUAUCUUGCAGAGUGGAACAUGCUAGAAAUGUGUUUGUACAGAGUAUAUAAAAUUUUGUUGUAGAUAGAUUUUAAAAAAUUGCUCUAAUGAGAUCAUAUUUUUAUUACUGACUGUUCAUUUUUAUAUGAAUUUGAAGAGAAAUAUAAGAUACUGAUGUGACUUGUUAUCAGUUUAAGAUAUGUCAACAUAUUUUUGUGCUCCAUGUGCUACAGGGUGACCGAGAAAACAAACCCUUAAAACAAGUUACAUUGAAUUGAAAUCAAAAGAGUCAGGAUUUGCCAGUUUGUUUUUCUUGGGCACCCUGUAGAAUAUAUUGGGUUGGUAUAUGUCUUUGCAUGGAACGAUGAUGUGUUAUAUAGAUUAUGUGGACUGUGUAGAAUCUCUUCAACCAUUUGUUGUACAUGGCUCUCAGUGGACACAGUGUUGUUUUGGGAAUCCCUUUCCUGGUUCGAUGAAUAUGGUGUCCCCAAAAUGUUUUUAAAUCCUAUAGAUUUCAGAGAGAUAUUGCAUUUAGUAUCAUGUGAGACGAUCCCAUUUGUGUAUUUUUGUCAUGAGAAGCAUGAAAGUUUGUGAAAUACAGUAGAUAAAGGCAAGGCAAGGUUAUUACCCAAGAGUAUUAUCUUCUCAUUAUUAUGUCUUGUUCAUUUUGUCUUUUUAACAAAACAAGAAAAUUGUAUUAUAUUGACAAGUAAUUUGUGAAUUGUACCAAAGUUAUAUAUGAAUAUAUAUCUAUUUUUUCUUUUUAUGUGUUUUCAUAGCAGCUUGAGAUUAUGACAUUAGCAAGUUGCUUAUUCUUCAGAUGAAUUCAUGUAUCACACUUCAUGGGAGUCAUUAUCACAUAUAUAUAGUAGCCAUGACAACAUGUGACUAAAAUCUUUUGCUGUUGUGGACAUCCCCCCCCCCCACCAUCAAUCAGUUUUGGGAUAUUGACAAAGCAUAUCAUCACAUUUAUCAUUGACAUCAUAUUAUUAAAUAGAUGAUUCAUAUCAUAUUCUAAUAGCUUUAUAAUUAUUACAUUCGUUCUGUUUUUCAUUUAAUAUUUCCAAAAUGAAUUUUAACAAUCAUGUUGUUUUGGGUGAUAAAAAAGUCAUGGCAGUCAGUUUUUUUUCAGUCUGGGUUAAGCAUUUUAAUGGGAUCAAGUUGAUAUUGUCAAUCUUUUUAUUAUAGGUUUACACUAUAUUCAUCUUCUUUUUUUUUUUUAUAAAAAGCCUGAAGUGAUCAUAUUUUAGAAACGUAAAUUACACAUAAUGUAAAUUCAAUACUUAGCCUUGAACAAAGCCUAUCCUGCACCUCCUCAUCUAGCUUUUGGUGUGCUAAUUGUAUUAAACACCGUAAAGAGUGAAAUUGCAGUGAGUAAUUAUUGGUAUGUAUUCCAAUCUUACAUCACGCCAAGUAUAUAUAUGAAGUGGAGCGUAGCAUGAAACAAUGACAUAUAUACCUCAUCUCGUAAUCUGCUUUUAUUGAUACUUUUGAUGUCUUUGUAUGUAAAUUAUGUAUCUUCCUCUCCUCUUUCACUAAGUCCUUAAGAUCCAUGUGAAUAUAUUAAGAACAAAUCAUUCAAAAUCAUGAAAUGAUGGAUGUCUAGUAA